AUGCGCCGAGCCUUCGUCUACUUCCUCAUUGCCGUCGCUAUCGGCCUCGCUUACGGCGUCUAUACGACCUCGACAUUAAUCUCCCUCCUCUUCGAGGAUGUUUCCCAAGACCUCAUCCCUAAGGCUGAAGUCGCACUCGAUGCUCCCGAUGAGUUCACAAAACGUCCUGCGUUGGUGCCAAAGAUCAUCCAUCAGACAUACAAGACUGCCGAUAUUCCUGAGAAAUGGAAGGCGCCGCAGAAGUUGUGUUUAGAUUUACAUCCCGAUUGGGAGUAUAAGCUGUGGACGGACGAAUCGGCCCGCGAGUUCAUCGCAAAGGAGUACCCAUGGUUCCUGGAAACUUUCGACGGUUAUGACCACCCCAUCAUGCGAGCCGACGUCAUCCGCUACUUCGCUCUCAGGAAAUUUGGUGGCAUUUACAUCGAUCUUGAUGUCGGCUGCCGACGCAAACUCGAUCCACUUCUCGCCUACCCCUCUGUCGCCCGUAAAACAGACCCAACCGGAAUCUCCAACGACGUCAUGUCUGCUAUCCCUGAACACAAGUUCUUCGUCCAUGUCACCGAGGUUCUACAGAGCUACGAUAGACAUUGGGUAAUGCCCUACAUCACAAUCAUGGCAUCGACCGGUCCCUUAUUUCUAAGUAUUAUUUGGAAGAAAUGGACUGGAACGCAACUUGAUGAGAUGGAUAGGGUGAGGAUAUUGAUGUCUAAGGAGCAGCAACAUAACGAUUGGAGCUUCUUUAGGGUGUACAAGGGCAGCUCUUGGCAUACACAGGAUGCUCAGACCAUUUUCUGGAUGCGGCAACAUGUACCUCACCUUGUUAUCGGCGGCGUGCUAUUGGCCGGUAUCGUCGGGUACACGGUAUACUGGGCCAUCCACCGACCAAGAGGAUAUAGCAAGGUAGACAAGGGAAACUACGACGCUUAA